GGAAGGAAACCAAGUACCCCAUCCCAGGCCCCAAGGAAAAGGGCCAAAACCACCGGUCCACAUCACUCGCCUCUGUCGGCAAAGGCAGACACUCUCUCCGGAAAAACACACACAGCACACACUGAAGACUACAGUCAACAUUGAAUUGAACCCAGAAAAAGGAGAAACACCCCCAUCUACAUUCUACACUCUCACUCUGUGUUGUGUGUGAGUGUGUGUGUUUUUUGUGCAUGUUGUGAGUGUACUGAUAGUGAAGACUAAAGGCUGGAGCUUUGAGCAAAGUCUAAAGGAGUUCAAAUGCAAGUCCAAGAUCGUUCCUCUGCUAAACCCCCAAAACCACCCCACCAAGAAUCAGAUGGGCAGCUCCUCCCUACCUCAGCUAAAUUCUCCAAUCCCACCAAGAAUCUUGAUUUCUCCACACGGGUUUGCGAAAAUCUGUAUAGAAUCAUUAUUCUUUUCAUCCUAGUUACCACCGUCGCCGCCCUCUUCUUCCUCCGCAACGGCGCCUACGGCAGCGACACCUCCGCCUUGCUCUGCAUCCAGUCCACGCAGUCCCAUGCCAUCCAUCCCCAGCUGCCCCAAAUCCGCUGGAAUUCAAUCCCUCCAAUUGCCGACAAGUCCAGUGCUUUUGCAAAUUUCCGAUCGGAGAAGUGGAUUGUUGUCUCCGUUUCUGAUUACCCCUCCGACUCGCUUCGGAAAUUGGGGAAGAUUAAGGGCUGGCAGCUGCUGGCAGUUGGGAAUUCGAAUACACCGAAAGAUUGGGCGCUCAAAGGUACGAUUUACUUGUCUUUGGAAAUGCAAGCUCAGUUGGGUUUUCGAGUUGUUGAUUACUUGCCUUAUGAUUCGUAUGUUAGAAAAUCUGUUGGAUAUUUAUUUGCUAUUCAGCAUGGUGCUAAGAAAAUAUUCGAUGUGGAUGAUCGAGGGGAGGUGAUGGAUGAUGAUAUUGGGAAACAUUUUGAUGUGGAAUUAAUUGGGGAAGAGGCUAAGCAGGAAGUUAUUUUGCAAUAUAGUCACGAGAAUCUCAAUAGGACUGUUGUCAACCCGUAUGUCCAUUUUGGCCAACGGUCAGUUUGGCCGAGGGGAUUGCCGUUGGAAAAUGUGGGUGAGAUUGGUCAUGAGGAGUAUUACACUGAGGUAUUUGGUGGGAGGCAGUUUAUUCAGCAAGGGAUUUCGAAUGGGCUGCCGGAUGUGGAUUCGGUUUUUUAUUUUACUAGGAAAACCGGGCUGGAAGCAUUUGAUAUAAGGUUUGAUGAGCAUGCCCCGAAAGUGGCACUGCCGCAGGGGAUGAUGGUACCAGUUAAUUCUUUUAAUACAAUUUUCCAUUCGUCUGCAUUUUGGGCUUUGAUGCUUCCUGUUUCGGUUAGUUCAAUGGCUUCGGAUGUGUUGAGGGGUUACUGGGCACAGAGGCUGUUGUGGGAGAUUGGUGGGUAUGUGGUGGUAUAUCCUCCUACAAUUCAUCGGUAUGAUAGAAUUGAAGCAUAUCCCUUUUCUGAGGAGAAAGAUCUUCACGUGAAUGUGGGUCGGUUGAUUAAGUUCCUGGUAAGUUGGAGAUCCGAUAAACACAACUUGUUUGAGAAAGUUUUGCAGUUGAGUUAUGUAAUGGCAGAGGAAGGAUUUUGGACCGAAAAAGAUGUCAAAUUCACUGCUGCGUGGCUUCAGGAUUUGCUUGCUGCUGGGUACCAACAGCCUAGGCUGAUGUCCCAUGAAUUGGAUCGGCCAAGGGCAAAUAUUGGUCAUGGUGAUAGGAAGGAAUUUGUGCCUCACAAGUUACCAUCUGUUCAUCUUGGAGUCGAGGAAAUAGGGACUGUAAAUUAUGAAAUUGGGAACUUAAUUAGGUGGAGGAAAAAUUUUGGGAAUACUGUUCUUAUUAUGUUCUGCAGUGGACCUGUUGAGCGUACUGCCUUGGAGUGGAGAUUGCUGUAUGGUAGGAUAUUUAAGACGGUUAUUAUAUUGUCAGAGCGGAAGAAUGUAGAUCUUGCUGUUGAACAAGGCCAGUUGGACCAUAUUUACAAGUAUUUGCCAAAAUUGUUUGAAAGAUAUAGUAGCACAGAUGGUUUUCUGUUCCUUCAGGAUGAUACAAUCCUUAACUAUUGGAACUUGCUGCAAGCAGACAAGACUAAGCUGUGGAUUACAAAUAAGGUUUCCAAGUCUUGGACCACAGUUUCAGCUACUGGGGACAAUGAUUGGUUUGCAAAGCAAGCAGACAUGGUAAAGAAAGUAGUUGCCAACAUGCCAGUUCAUCUUCAAGUCAAUUACAAAGAAUCUGUGAAGAGUGAGCAGAGUCUGACAAUAUGCAAUUCUGAGUUAUUCUAUGUCCCUCACCAUUUUGUUGCCGACUUCGUGGAUCUCGUUAAUCUCGUUGGUGAUCUAGAUAUCCAUCACAAGGUUGCAAUACCCAUGUUCUUUAUGGCAAUGGACUCUCAGCAAAAUUUUGACCCCGUGUUUGACACAAUGAAAUAUCAGCAAAAGCCACCUAGUAAUUUGACAAUGCUCUAUUCCUCUGAAGUAGCUGCAGUUCAUCCAUGGACUAUAUCAAGUGAGCAAGAGUUCAUUAAAUUGAUAAGAAUUAUGGCAGCUGGUGACCCUUUGUUAAUGGAACUAGUCUAACGGAAAGCAGUUGCUAUUGUUCGAAUCCCUUGCGAGAGGGAGAGAUACAUAAACAUGUAUAAGUAUGUCAGACACCAAUUUCUGCAAUUUUUUUGUACCAUUCUUUGGAGGGGUGAAGGGUUCUUUUUGUAGAUUUUCAUGUAUUAUUGUUUACCUGUGCGAUAGAUAUACUGACACAAAAAACCAAGUCAUGGAGAGUGGCCGUGCUUCUUUUUUUUACCCGUCUUUUUCCUCUUCUCCGGAAAGUAGCAUGGUUCCUUCAACAGCCCAAUUUGUAAAUCAUGUACUUAACAUUCAUAGAAAUGAAACUUCCUUACAUUGUUUGGCACCUUU